AUGGCCGCCAAUUGUGGACCUCCAAAUUGGAUGGAUCAUCGGCUCGUCUUCUACGUUGUUACCGAGGCAAAUAGAACACCACUUGAGGAGGACUCGGAAGGUCAAACUAAUGCAAUUUUCAAGAAGAAUGAGCUGCAAGAAGAAAACGGCAUCAUUUUUUACUCUGGGACUGAUGAUAAAAGUGGAAAUACGACUGUUCCUGCAAGUGAAGUAACAGAUGGAGUUGUCGCAACUAGGAUUCCACGUGGCCAUGAUAUUGUAUCGAAGCUAGUUGAAGAUCCUACCGGUUCAAGAGCUGCACAGAGCAAAGAUGAGAAUGCGUCUUGGCAACAGCCUCAAACAGGGCCUUCGAAUCCAUGUCGUACUGUCGCCACUUCUCUUUGCUCUCCAGUUGAUUUAGGACCCUGUUGGUAUGUGUUCGGAGAUAAAAACAACUCGGUUGACUACAUGUACAUGACGACGCUCAGUUUUAGAGACUCCCGCAGAGGAAUGGAGCCGGAUAAACCUAAAUUCCAACCUAUUGUUCCUAAAUCGCCCCCAGAGCAUCAGACUCUGAAUCUGAAGAUUGCUGAUUGGAAUUCUGACGCUGAUUCGGAUAGUUCGGUAAGCUUUCUAUUUAUUAUUUAUCACGGUAUUGUUAUAUUUAACGGAGAUUAA